UAGUCACUUAUGGAAUCAGAGAGAGCUUACACUUGAAAUCAUGCUGGAAAAGGAUGCAAAAGAAAACCUCCCAUUCCUUCGAUAGAUCAAACCUUAACAAAAGGGCUUUGUUCAGAUAGAUCUCAAAAAUUAAUAGCUUCUUCUAAGAAUAUUAUUUAUAGUGGAAAGAUAGAUAAAACACCUUUAAACUCAACGAGAAGUUAUCACAAAUAAGUCAAAGUCUGAAGCAAACUUUCAGGGAGUACUAAACUCCCUUCGAAAUGAGACUCCACUAAUAAAGCAAGGAGUUCUCACUAAAAGAAAGGAAGAUACUCUAAAAAAAAGGUAAAUUAGUUAACGAAAAAUCACCCACAACGAGUAAAAUUAUUAAAGAAAUCUCUGAAAAAUAUGAAACUAGGCUCUCCAUGAUGGAAAUGGAGAAUAAGCUUUUGAAAGAAAAACUUGAGCAGCAAAUGGAAAUAAACAAAGAUAUUAGGAAUUUAUUGCAGGUUCAGACACAAAGAAUUGACUCUUUGAUACCUCAUAUGAAAGAAAAGCCAGUUGAUAUCCAAAAUGAUGGCUAUGAGUAUAAAUACGAACCAAAAUCUAAACAUCUGAAUGAGGAUAUGAGAUCAAAGAUUGGAGGAGUAAAACUAUUUAAGAAAAGAAGCCGAAAUAUGAGUUCUUCAUUUGAGGAGCGAACUUGAAUAAACAAAGACUCUUUACAAAAUUAUACUCAUAAAGACUUUAAAAGACAUGGCGAUCGAAUUUUAUUAACUACUCAACACGUGGAGACUCUUAAAUCAGAAUAUACUCCUCGAAUAAAUAAUUUUGAGAAAUUAGCAAAAUUUAAUAAUGCUUCAAGUAAAGCCAGACAAGAUCUAAGCAUCUUAGAACUAGUACCUGAUCUACAAGGAUCUCAGAUUGAUAGAAUCUCAGAAACAGUUCUGACUGAUAAUGAAAGAGACUUUACUGAAGUUAUUUAUACACAAGAAACUACUAAUACGCCUUCACGAAUUCAGAAGGAUGUAGAUACUUUGCAGAUUCCUGGAAAUGCAAAGAAGGGCAAAAGUCUUUUAGUUCCCUCUGCAAGCAAUAAAGAUUAUGACAUAUUUUUUGUUCCAAAAUCGAGUCCUACUAACAAGCUAGAAGUCAAAGAAGAACUUAAGAAAUAUGGAGGGAGUUUUAAUGAAAAUAUAUUGGAUUGAUCCAGAAAUUCACAAAAUAUUAGAAGCAAUAGAAGCUACAGUAAUCUUCCAGAAGACCAUAAGCCUCAGAAAGACAAAGAUGUAUUAUUUUCAGUAUGGAUGGAUGAUAGCAAAGCUUCUUCAUGAAUGCUUUGAGGCUCAGACUUUUGGCUUCUCUCAAGAAAACACCAUUGAAGAGUCUGUGGUAAAAUUUUCUGUGGAAGCUGAAGUAAAUAUCUAAUAAUAAUCAACGGUAAGAAAUGUAGAGCAUGUAAAUUUUGUAAGGAGAACUAUGAACAUGAGCACCAAUAAUAAUAAAACUCCGCUUAAUUUUUCAAUUUUCACCUAAA